UCAAAACGCUGACACCUGGGGACCAUCCAGGGCCUGCUGGAGCAGGAGUGCGGCGUGGUCAUCGAGGGCGUCAACACGCCCUACCUGUACUUUGGCAUGUGGAAGACCACCUUCGCCUGGCACACGGAGGACAUGGACCUUUACAGCAUCAACUACCUGCACUUCGGGGAGCCCAAAACCUGGUACGCGGUGCCCCCGGAGCACGGCCGGCGCCUGGAGUGCCUGGCCACCGAGCUGUUCCCGGGCAGUGCCCGCGCCUGUGACGCCUUCCUGCGGCACAAGGUGGCUCUCAUCUCGCCCACGGUCCUCAAGGACAACGGGAUCCCCUUCAAUCGGAUCACUCAGGAGGCUGGCGAGUUCAUGGUGACGUUUCCCUAUGGCUACCACUCUGGCUUCAACCACGGCUUCAACUGCGCAGAAGCCAUCAACUUCGCCACCCCGCGAUGGAUCGAUUAUGGCAAAGUGGCGUCUCAGUGCAGCUGCGGGGAGGCCAGGGUCACCUUCUCCAUGGACGCCUUCGUGCGCAUCCUGCAGCCUGAGCGCUAUGAGCUGUGGAAGCGCGGGCAGGACCGGGCUGUUGUGGACCACACGGAGCCCACCUCGCCAGACAAGGGGGAGCUCAGCGCCUGGCGGUGGGGUUCCGCAGGGGGAAGGGGGCUGGCUUUGAGUUCCCCCAAUGGCUGUUUCACUCUGGAAAGUGGGGCCUUGGGAAUUGGAUUGGUCAUGAGGAUUAACGCCCUUCUAAGAAGAGAUCUGAGACCAACGGAGGUUACAGCAGGGUCUGUAAACCAGGCAGUGGCCCUCACUAAGAACAUGACCAUGUUCGUGCCCUGA